AUGUCCGCCGUUAAGGGCUCGGCGACGCUGACGUCAUCGCUGAGCCUCUACGCCGCGCCCACGCCGCACAACUCCCCCGAGGAAGCACCCGCUCCUGCUCCCGCACUCGUCCGUUGCGCCACCUCCCCCAUCCCGCGCGCUAGGUCUCCCAUUCCCCGCUCCACGUCGUCGAUCGGCGGUGUGGCGGGAUCCGCGGGAGGGGUAUUGGCGGAAGGCGGAACGGGGAGGCGGAGCCGCGCCAAGUGGCAGGUUGGCGGAAAGAUCGGCGCUGUGCUGGGGAAGGACCCCGCGGGACUGCUAGCUGCUAUUAACGCUAUUCGCGAGCAACGUCAUUACGAUGCCGCUGAUGAAGGCGGCUCUGCAACCACAACCCGCCGGCUGCGUUCCUCACUCGCCUCCCAGCUCUCUUCCCCCGCGCUCCCCGCGGGGAUCCCCCCCGCAAGCCGUCGCGCGCCAAACUCCGCCACCGCUGGAACGGGAGGGCCGCGCGUCCUGCGCCCCCGUUCCCCCUCCCCCAUGCGCCGGGCGCGCAGCCCGCGGGCGCUCUCCUCCCCAGCCCCCGACCACGGUGCGCCGCCAGUUUCUCGCUAUCAGGAUGAGAUCCCAGCCGUUGCUGGUAGUAUCGGCGCUGGCAGUGCUGUCAGCACUCCGUUACGCACACCUGCAAGUCAACGCCAGUCAAGAAGUGGUGGGGAGUCUCCGCCUUGGUCCACGCAAGUAAAUGUUGGAACGCCUGGGAGCAGGCGGAGGGGCGGGUGGGCGCUGAGAAGGUCCGAGGAUGAGGAUGAGGAGGCGGAGGAGGGAGAGGGGGCUGUGAAGGGGAAGGAGGGGGGAGGAAGGGGGAUUGUAAGAGAGCGGCCUCUGAGCAAGGGGCUGUUGGAUGCUCUUGAGAAGAUGGGAUUGGAGGAAGAGGGUGUGAUUGGCCUGCCAACGGAGUAG